AUGGAAGAAAUGUUAGCAAGAAAACGUGCCGAAAUUGCUGCUAAAAUUGCUGCGUUUCCUAAACUGUCUCAGGCGUCGACGACGACGACAACAACUCUAUCACAGAAUACUUUGCCGACUCCCCCUUCUCAAAACAUGAAUCCUUCCAACUUGGGUGUAUCGAUCGACCCUGAUUUGCAAAGGAAAAUCCAGGAAGCAAAAGAGCGGGUUAGAGUAACCUUGUCAAAAGCAAAUCCUUAUUUGCCCUCAACCAGCUCUUUAGCAAAAUCCUCAGAUGAAGCUGCCAAAGCUAAAGGGGGACUCAAAGUCGAAGCACAUCCUGCUCUGCUCUUAGAUCAAAGUGGAAAGAUUGUUAUAAAUAAAGCUUCUGCCUUAAUUCCCAAGCCGAACUUUGCUACUGUAAAAGCAAAUCAACGAGCUGCUCCUGCAGCCGUAAAACAACAAGAGAUGAGUAAAGUUUCGUCAACACCCACCGAAGAGGCUGGCGCUAUCGUUCAGAAUCCGUAUUAUGAUCCUCGGGCUGGAACAGGAGCUAUCGUUCCUCAGAGACGUACUCGUAAAAAACUCAAAUUUGUAUCAAGAGGAAAAUAUGAAGCUCUGGGAAAUCAAAUGCGUGCACAGGUUAAACUUGAGAAAUUGAAAGAGGAAAUAGCCCAAAAUGUAAAAAAAGCAGGCAUGGAGUCGGAACUUGAUUUAUCGGAUAAAGCUAUCAAGAGAGAAGCACCUCCAUCGCAUGAAUGGUGGGAUAGUCCACUGCUUACCAACAAAACUUAUGAUGACGUUGAUGCUGGGUUUACAAAAAUUGACGAUGACGACUCGUUAGUUACUAUGUACGUUCAACAUCCAGUACCCAUAAAACCGCCUGGUCAUAAUAAUCUUCCAGCUCCAAAACCAUUGAUCUUGACUAAGAAGGAGCAAAAGAAGCUACGAAAACAAAAAAGAUUGGAAUUACAAAAAGAGAAACAAGAUAAAAUUCGACUGGGAUUAUUACCACCCGAUCAACCAAAAAGUUUCAAUCUUAUGCGUGUCCUCACGAAUGACGCUAUUCAGGAUCCUACUAAAGUUGAAGCUCAAGUAAGAAAAGAGAUGCAAAAACGCCAAGAAACGCAUUUGAAAGCCAACGAAGAACGUAAAUUGACUGAUGAACAAAGAAAAGAGAAAAAGAAACAAAAAAUAGUAAACGAUCUUUCACAUCCAAAAAUGAAGUAUAAAGUCGAUCAAAAUGCGCAACAACUCGAUCUAACAGGCACAGUCAUCAUCAACCCAAAUUUCAGUGUAAUAGUCGUAGAAGGCGGUCCAAAAGCCGUUAAAAACUAUAAAAAGCUCAUGCUCAGGCGUAUAAAUUGGUCGGACACUACUCGUCUUGGUGACAACAGUAGCAGCAACGUUGACGAAGCAAUGGAUGUGGAUUUGAGGGAACCCUCAAAAGAAAAUAAAUGUGUGCUGUUGUGGGAAGGACACACAAAGGAGCGUUCAUUUAAAGGAUUCUGGUUUAAAACGUGUCCUACGGAGAAACUUGCUCGAGAUUAUUUGCGAAAAUAUAGGUCUGAGCAUUAUUGGGAUUUGGCGAGCAAGUAUGUCGAUGAAGGAUUGGAAAUGCCAGUUACCCUAUAA